AUGGCAAAUUUUUUCAACAAGAGAAAGAGAGAGGCUAUCCCUGACACCCAGGAGGGAAGCCAUCAUAACCACUGGUGCUACUGGAAGAAGCCCAAGUAUGAGUGCAGCCCUGCGCCACCUGUACAGGAUCCAUGGAACACCUUUGGGAACAUGGCGGAUACGCUGCAGACCUUCAUGGACUAUGGAGAGACCUGCUACAUGUUCAAGAAAAGCCUGGAAGAGGAUUUCAUACCUCACAACUUUUUAGCAAAUCAAAGUGACAUCAAUGCAAAAUGUUGGAAGGACGUCGUCAUCACCAUGAUUAUUGCACACAGGGCAUUUAAACUGGACUUUGAGACCCUGUGCCUGGCUGUCAACUAUCUGGAAAGGUUUCUGGCCUGCACUCCCCUAAAAGCUGCCAAUCUGAAGGUUAUGGGUGGCACUUGCCUGUACUUGGCCUGCAAAGUAAUGGAAAAAAGCCUUCCUAAAAUCAACCAGUUUCUAGCUCUGUUCUGUGAAGAUGGAUUCACAGCUCCAUUAAUGUCCUAUUUAGAGCGGUUGGUAUUAAGGAGGCUGUGUUUCCGUCUGGGGGCUCCUACCAUCGAAUAUUUCCUGGAACACUUUUCCCUUCGAAGAGUGUCCAACAAGGAAUGUCCGGCUGCCAAAAUCAACAGAGCAGCCAAUGCCCUUACAGCUGCUAGAGGCAUCGCAGCACUGAGCAUGACAAAGUAUGGCUUCCCUGCCUACCCACCAUCUCUAUUGGCUCAGUGCUGCCUUACAGCUGCAGACCAAAUCUUCCAAUAUGACCCCUGGAACAGAGUGCACCCCAGAGACUGUUUAGGCCCCCUAUGGCAGGAGUGCAUGGGUAACAUCACCCACCUGGUAUCAGUCAACAAGAUCUUCUUUCACAAGAUUAUGCCAGGUGUGUUUCCAGAAACAUUUCCAGACUUGGUUCCACCACCCACCAGGAAUCUGACCAAUCAUGGAGAUGAGCAGGCGGCCUAG